AUGUCUCGAUCAUUCCACUAUGAUGAUGCACUCUCUAAUGGCUCGGAUAACAAUUUGAGGGAUAUCGAGUUGGCAGAUGAUAGUAAAUAUGUACUUCCUAAAAAAACAAAAUGGUCUCGGAAUAAAAAGAUUUGUGUGGGUAGUUUGCUAGGCUGUGGAUUGUGUUGUUUAAUUACAUGUAUUGUAAUUGCUAUUGCUAUUGCAAUUUAUUUAGGAAGAAAGAAUGUAAAUAUUUAUCCUACUCCUGAAUAUACAGCAUCAGAUGAUUUUUUACGUUUUCUUGUUGUUGGAGAUAUGGGACGUGCAGAUGAUGGUCAAAAGGCUGUUGCUGCCAGUAUGGGAAAGUUCU